CAAGAAGCGUUUGAGGAAAGCUCCAUGGAAAUGUGUGAGCGGAAUCCUUUAAAUCCCGGCUAUGUUGGUUCUCUGUUGAAUUUUACUCCUCCUGAGUCGCUGUAUUUCUCCAACUUGCGGGGUAAUGGAGCCCACAUACCCGGGCUGCACCAGAUCCCUUACAAUAGGAGAGAGGUGUGCACGCUCCCGUGGACUUCCUCAAGUUCGUGCACGUCUGGACCAGCAGCACCACCACAGAGCCGCGCCUUUGGAGGCUACUGUCCGCCGUUUCUGUCCAACUCGGUGUCUAUAAAUACGAACUCCUCCAGCAGCGGCCACGUCAAGGCGCAUCUGGAGGAGUCGGCUCGAUGCUUUCAGGUCACAAACCACAAGACUGAGGAUUCUGGCAGGCGAGAUGAGGUUUACCCCGGGGAGCAUGGGGCCGCCAGUGACCGCGGCUACUCAGAGCUGGACAGCCGGUCUCACAGCUCUGCGGCCCAGCUCGAUCCGGAUUCAGCUGCGUUGAAUGUGAACGGCACCAAACAGGAGCAGAAUCCCAUUCACCCAUCAUCCAGUCACACAUGCUCCAGGACGGCUUUUGCAGAAGGUGCCCCAUGGUGCUCGUCACAAGUGAAAACCAGAAAGAAGAGAAAGCCUUACUCGAAGCCACAGCUGGCUGAACUUGAGAAUGAAUUUAUGACGAAUGAAUUCAUCAACAGACAGAAAAGGAAGGAGUUGUCAGAGAGACUGGACCUGAGUGACCAACAAGUGAAAAUCUGGUUUCAGAACCGGAGGAUGAAGAAGAAAAGGCUGAUGAUGCGCGAACACGCUUUCUCGGCGUACUGAUGACCUUUGGACUUGAUCGUGACCAGCAGCGGACAGAAUACGUAUUGUACUAUGAAUGUUGCAGCUCAUCACAUGCCCUCUCGGUUUGUGGCACGGACUUGUAUUUAUAGAUAUGUAUGAAAAUGUUUAUAUUCCUGUCACAUAAUAGGCUCCAGUUUCAUCAAGCCCCAAGUUCAAUGAUAUUAAUACUUAUAAAAUGGAUCCAGAUUAAGAUAUAAUCUACUCUACUGGUCAUUUUUUGAUACUGAGAUUCUCCAAAUGCGCACUAGGCCCUGACUCCUGCUGGCCUGUACCCGCGGAUACAAUAAACAUUUAGCAAAUUGUUUUUCAUCCAACUCAAAAGUCUAUAAACUAUGACCUAUUUAAACAGGAAUAUGUUUCUUUAUGUGUUUGUGUAUUUUGUAUGAUGGUCUGCGCAUGUGGUGUGUGGGCCUAUAAUGUGGAAGCAACAGUCAAGUUCAUGUUUACGGACGGGUCAGUUUUGCCAAAAUAUAUUCUAAUUGCAUGUCUAUUUCCUAAUUGAUGUUAUUCAAAUAAAUGCCUGAUUUCCCCCCAGUUUAUUGUUAAUCUGAUUAAAUGAGCAGCUUUGCGUUGUUUUGUGUUUUUCAUGGCCGCAUUUAGAGUCCAGACGUGGAGGAAAGGAUUGCGCCGCAUUUAGUGCUGAAGGUGUUUACUCCAAAUGCCUGGAAAACAAGUGUUUGUGGAUACAAGACAUCCGGAUAGUGUUGGAUUGAGCUACUUUAUAAGUGUAUUUAAAUAAGAGUGGAUUUUUUUGUUGUCAGGCCAGGUGUUGUGCGUAAAUAUGCUGCACAAACACACAUCAGAUGUAAUCAACCUUGCUCAGUUGAUCCAGUCUUUUAAAAAUACACAAUUAAUGAAAGAAUAUUUCCUUAUUUCAUUUCGGAAUGAACAUAUCUAUAAAUAAUCACAGAAAGCAUGUUAGUGGUGAGAAUACGCAUUCAACGCGCCAUCUCUUUACGCACGGGCUCAGGUUUUGUAAAAUGGACGCAACCUGCAAAUGAAUACCUUUCAGAAUAAAGAUAAUUUUUAAAUUGCUUGA